AUGUCCGUUGAAAAAUUUUUAUUUACCUCCGAAUCAGUCGGUGAAGGUCACCCAGAUAAGAUCUGUGAUCAAGUCUCAGAUGCCAUCUUAGAUGCUUGUUUAGCUGUUGAUCCAUUAUCCAAAGUUGCUUGUGAAACUGCUGCUAAAACUGGUAUGAUUAUGGUUUUCGGUGAAAUUACCACCAAAGCUCAAGUCGAUUACCAAAAAGUUAUCAGAGAUGCUAUCAAACAUAUUGGUUACGAUGAUUCCGCUAAAGGUUUCGAUUACAAAACUUGUAAUGUUUUAGUUGCCAUUGAACAACAAUCCCCUGAUAUCGCUCAAGGUUUACAUUAUGAAAAAGCUUUAGAAGAAUUAGGUGCUGGUGAUCAAGGUAUUAUGUUUGGUUACGCUACUGAUGAAACUGAAGAAAAAUUACCAUUAACUAUCUUAUUAGCUCAUAAAUUAAAUGCUGCUUUAGCUGAAGCUAGAAGAGAUGGUUCAUUAGGUUGGUUAAGACCUGAUACCAAAACUCAAGUUACCAUUGAAUACCAAAAAGAUGGUGGUGCUGUUAUUCCUUUAAGAGUUGAUACCGUUGUUAUUUCAACUCAACAUGCCGAAGAAAUUACUACUGAAGAUUUAAGAAAAGAAAUUAUUGCUAAAAUCGUUAAAAAAGUUAUCCCAGCUAACUUAUUAGAUGAUAAAACUGUUUACCACAUCCAACCAUCAGGUAGAUUCGUCAUUGGUGGUCCACAAGGUGAUGCCGGUGUCACUGGUAGAAAAAUUAUCGUUGAUACUUACGGUGGUUGGGGAGCUCACGGUGGUGGUGCUUUCUCAGGUAAAGAUUAUUCAAAAGUUGAUAGAUCAGCUGCUUAUGCUGCUAGAUGGGUUGCUAAAUCUUUAGUUACCUCCAAAUUAGCUAGAAGAGCUUUAGUUCAAUUCUCUUAUGCUAUUGGUGUUGCUGAACCUUUAAGUAUUUACGUUGAUACUUAUGGUACUUCAGAAUACUCAUCUGAACAAUUAGUUGAAAUUAUUAAAAACAAUUUCGAUUUAAGACCAGGUGUUUUAGUCAAAGAAUUAGACUUAGCUAGACCAAUUUAUUUCAAAACUGCUAGUUACGGUCAUUUCACUAACCAAGAAAAUCCUUGGGAACAACCAAAAGAAUUAAAAUACUAG